GUAACAAACGAACACACCUUCAAAUAUGGCCGCCUUAUCAUUGUCUCUGCCCCCGCAACCGACGAUUGAAUUUCCCGUCUGCUUUAAUGGUCUUUAAUGGAGUAUCUCCGCGUUUGUGUGCGAUGGCUCAUCCUCUGCGUCCUGGUGACACCGAUUUCGGUGAUUGCGGAUGAGUGCGAUGCUGAGCGGUGCAAAACAGACCACAAUCCAGAAGGGAAGCCCUGUGGUCCGGCCAAGUAUCGGGAUUGUUUAGAAGCCAUAGCCAAGCAGUGCCACGAGAACCUUCAUUACCGUCUGCUCGUCGCGGGUCUGAAGAACUGCACGUCGGCGGACGAUGCGGCGGCCGUGACUCCGACGAGUUUGCCGCAGCCGCCGGAGGCAACCUGCCAAUGGCUGUUGGCUGAUGGGGGGUAUGGCCAGUGUGGCCUGUACGGUGACCCCCAUCUCCAGACGUUUGGCGGCAAGCUGCAGACGUGCCGAGCCGUGGGGGCAUGGCCCAUGGUGGAUAACGCCUACCUCGCCGUUCAGGUCACCAAUAGCCACGCCGGCGCAACUGCUACCGUCGUCUCAAAGGUGACGGUGGUGGUGCACUCCCACGGUUCGUGCGCCCUCGAGAAGACGUACGAGGCCCAGCUGCGCGACCUCCCCUCCGUCUUCAAGGAUGGGACGACGUCGGCCGGCCGCGGAGUGGAGCUCACGACGCCGGAGCUGGACCUGGUGGAGCUGACGCUCUACCACGCGGGGGUCCGCCUGCGGAUUCGUCAGCACGGAGACUUCCUGUCGGUCACUCUUCGGAUGCCGACGCAAAUCGCAGACAUGGGAACGCCUCUGUGCUCUCAGGGUUGUCCGACGAGGGAACUGCUGCCCGAACUCCACAACGUUGAGCAGUGGCGGCGGGAGAAGGCCGAGUCGAGCUGCACGAAGGUGAACCUGACAGGGGCGUACUGGGAUGCCUGCGUGUUCGACGUGCUGUCGACGGAAGACGCCAGGUCGGCAGAAGUGGCCGGUGCCGCCAGCGCCGCCGUUGCGGACCUCCGGAGCCUUGGCGCCUCCCCGCCAGUCCGAGAGUCGCGGAGUCCGUCAGAGGCACCCGUGCGUCGCGCUUCCGCGGUGGUUGUGGCAUUGUCCGGAAUCCUGGCGUGGGUUGGCUCGAGGAACUGGGUGGAUUCGCUGGGGACUGCCGUGAGGUGAGGCCCAGGUGCCCGAGGAAAAACUUGGCCGGUGAAAAGGGGUCCAGAGCCUUGCAGGGAAACGGGCAUAUUGAGUGGAGUCGAAGAACCGCCGAGCCAUCCACCGAGCCCGCCCUGCCGCUCAACUCUCAGGAAACGACGUCAUCUGCGCCUCGAGCACGAGAGACGCCGCCGACGGCACGUCUUCUCCGCAACCGAGAGUGCGGAAGAAAAAGAAACGAGACGUUACUCUGGGUACGGUGUCUGGAAUGUGUCUCCAAUUGGUGUGUUGACUGCGUCCGUAAAAGUGGUGGUCCCGGUUACGUCGUGGAAGGGUCGUGCCGUCUCCGGUCUCUGACCUGGUGGUGUCGCAGUGGCGGUGGUGGAUCUGGCGGACGCUCACUUUGCCGUAGGUCGCUCUCCAUCUCGAGUCCACAGAAGCGCCAGCAGCCAGGAGUUGAGACGCUGCGACGACAGCCACGUUUGCUCGUGCUUUUUACCGGAACUUCUACGGCCAACUGCCAGGAUCGCCACGUCCGACAGCACUGACAUCCGGGUUCUGUGACGUCAUUUGUUGACCCUUCAGGAUCACUUUCGAUGCAUGAGCAGUAUGUGGGGUGCAAGUUUGUCUGCUUCUUGAGCAGGGGUUGCGGUGACGCUGCAGUGGGCUCCGACCGGAAGGAUAGUGGGUAUACCUCGAGGCAGCUAGCAUUGAGGUCUACCCACCAUCCCUCCGUUAGAGCCAAUUGGAGCUCGGCGUUGUGACAUCAGUGCAAACCCUGCACAAGAAUUGGACGAACUUGCGCUCCGCUAAGGAAACUAAAUGCACCAGUGGGAAAUGCGUUCCAGACGCCAUGCUCUGGGCCCGCUUGACGCGGAAUCGGAUUCUGUCGUGUGUGGACUCUCAACGUUUUGGAGAUCGCCAGAACUUCGAAUUAUUAGGCGGCAAGGAAUUGCAACAGCAGCUGCUGCCUCGCGCGUGGGUUUCGACGCCGCGCAACGUGCCACAACAGAUACAGUGGCUGUCGAGUCGUAUAUAUACAUUUAUAUAUUCUAACUAUAUCCACACGGGUGACCCUGUUCUUGUGUCUAAGAACGUGCCCGGCAGAGGUGUCCUCGAAUUGGGGAUCGCUCGUGUAAUAAAAUGCCAUUCAAUUUACCGUG